AUGUCAACGGAAGCAUCGAGCUCACAAGCUCAACCUCAAGUUCCCGCAUCAACCGAGCCAACAACAGCAACACCCACAGUCAACCUCGAACGAAAAGCACGCAAAGAAGCGCAAAAGGCACUCAAAGCACAACAGGCUGCCGAAAAGAAGGCCGCCUCUGCCGCUGCUGCUCAAAGGCAAGCUUCGUCGUCUACCUCAGUCAAAAAGGAAAAAAGCAAUCCGCGCAAACCCCAAUCGAGCGAUGAACAGCUCUCUCGAGCUCUAGCGUACAUCCUGCGACACGGCGCGGAUAAGGAAGGCCUGUCCAUUCGAUCGGACGGGUACAUCAAGCUCAACGAUGUGUUGGAGAGACCAAGAGUCAGGAGUGUCAACAUGGCUGAGGCAGAGGGCGGCAAAAGGCGACCUGGGCUGGAGGAUGUCCAGAGCAUCGUCGAGAGCAACGACAAGAAGCGAUUCGAGCUGACAGAGGAAGCGCCAGGAGAGUGGUGGGUGCGAGCUGUGCAGGGUCAUUCGUUGAAGUCGGUCGUGGAGCUGGAACAUGUGCCGCUGACGUUGGACAACCUGCACUUGCUCAAGGCGGCAGCGCAGGACUCGGACAAAGAUGCACUGGCAAGUGAGGUGGACGCAAAGCUCGCAGGAUUGCAGAUCCACGACGUGGUAGAGGUGAUCCAUGGAACAUAUGCGCCAGCAUGGGAAUCCAUUCUUGCCUCAGGUGGGCUCAAACCCAUGACGCGAAACCAUAUCCACUUGGCAAAGGGAAAGUUCGGAGAGCAGGGUGUCAUCUCGGGCAUGCGCAAAUCCGCCAACCGACUCAUCUACAUCGAUAUCACCAGAGCGAUCAAAGAUGGCAUCGAGUUCGUGCUCUCUUCCAACGGCGUCGUGCUCACUCCGGGGCACAAGCAGAGCGGGGUAUUAGGUGUAAAGUACUUUACAAGGGUGGAGGAUCAGAGGGGCCAGCUGGUGUGGUCUCCGGCGCAGGAGUCUGCAGGCUCGAGUUGA